AUGCGUCUAUCCUACAUCGAUGACGAUCCAAAGAUGGAGACAGAAGAAGAUCAAGCCGUGGUGGAACGAGUGAAAGCGAGAAGGGGCGGGAAAUUGAUCGCAUUGGACAAAGCGCUGUUGCACGCACCACCUGUUGCGGAUGGCUGGAAUGCAUUCCUCAAGGCAAUUCGGACCCAAACGACGUUGCCUGCGUCAAUCAGAGAGCUUGCAAUUUGCAGGGUUGCAGCAUUAAAUCAAGCGUGGUAUGAGUGGGACGCUCACGCUCCCAUCCUCAAGGAAGCGAACGUGCUGAGCGACGAUGUGGUCGAGAAGAUCAAGGACAGAGAUUGGAAGGGAAACGGGCUCGAUGAAAAGCACCUUGCAGUCUUCGAGUAUACCAAUGCUAUGACUUUGGAGGUCAUCGUCAAGGAUCAGACUUUCCAGAAGGUAAAAGGUCUGUUCAGCGAGCGAGAAGUGGUGGAAAUCACAGCUACGAUUGCGGCCUACAACACGGUAUCGAGGUUUCUGGUAGCGCUGGAUGUCGGGGAGAUGGCUGCGAAAUAUGGUGUUGAUUUCAGCUGA